AUGCAUUUAACUAAUCAUCAUAUGCAAUAUAUUGCAAUCUCACAUGUACCAUCACAAAUGCAAUUACCAUUUUCAAAUGGAAUGUAUCUUAUGAUACCAUACUUAUUAACACCAAUGGAUUCAUCACAACUAUGUUGGUCAUCACCUGUAACUACCGAUGCUAUGAAACCACAAACAAGUACUCAAAUGAUUGGUAUACAAAUUGCACCAUCAGCUAUGACUGAUGUUGCAUCUAGAUCAACAAUGCCAAUGGGAACUCAAUCAACAUCAAAAUCAGGACAAAUGAUGCCUAACACUUCUGUUCGAUCACUUGUUAGAGUACAAUCACAACAAGCAACAGCUUAUACUCGUACAGCACGAAAUAUGCCACCUAAUAAUCCAAGUGGAUUUUCAAAUUCAAUUGUAGUUACUGAACAAGAACCAUUAACAUUAGCUGCUCUUGCUAAUGCAACACCAUUAGAGCAAAAACAAAUGUUAGGUGAACGUUUAUUUCCAUUGAUUCAACAAAUUCAAUUAGAAUUAGUUGGUAAAAUAACUGGUAUGCUUCUCGAAAUUGAUAACACUGAACUUCUUCAUAUGCUCGAAUCAAAUGAAUUACUUAAAGCUAAAGUUGAAGAAGCUAUUGCCAUACUUCAAACAUAUCAAGCCAAACAAGCAGCAACUAAUUUAGCUGCUCAAAAAAAUCAAAUAUCAUCAUUUAAAAAAUAA